UCUUUUCUCAAUUUUUUCUUUGCAAAGAUGUAAGCAUAAGCUCUCAAUGGCUUAUGUUAUUUACAUGCUUCUGAUAAAGUUCAAAGGACAACCAUGUAUUUCCUGGAAAAUCUGGAAAAAAAAAACAGAUUGAGAAAUUUUCUGUUACUCUCUCUUCCCUCCUUCUGCUCCUCCCUCCUCUCUUUGAUUAAAUAGGCCCUAGGACAUCUUUUCAAAAAGACUCUCCCUGUGGUGUUCAGAAUCAUUGCUAGAAAACUGAAACAUCAGACUCUCUCUCCAAGAUGUACCUCAGUGCUGCGAAUCACCGCAUACCUCUAAGUGAUGGAAAUAGCAUUCCCAUCAUCGGGCUUGGUACCUACGCGGACCCUAACUCGUCCUCUAAGGAAGGCUGUGCAGCAUCAGUGAAGGUUGCCAUCGACACUGGGUACCGACACAUUGACGGGGCCUACUUCUACAGAAAUGAGCAUGAAGUGGGAGACGCCAUCCGAGAGAAGAUAGCAGAAGGAAAGGUGCGGAGGGAGGACAUCUUCUACUGUGGAAAACUGUGGGUUACAAAUCUUGUCCCAGAGAGGGUCCGCCCAACUCUGGAAAGGACACUCAAGACCCUCAAACUAGAUUACGUGGAUCUUUACAUCAUUGAAAUGCCCAUGGCCUUUAAGCCUGGAGAUGAAAUAUAUCCUAGAGAUGAGAAUGGCAAAUGGUUAUAUCACAAGUUAGAUUUGUGUGCCACUUGGGAGGCUUUGGAAGCCUGCAAAGAUGCUGGUUUGGUGAAAUCCCUCGGAGUAUCCAAUUUCAACCGCAGGCAGCUGGAGCUCAUCCUGAAAAAACCAGGACUCAAACACAAGCCAGUCAGCAACCAGGUUGAGUGCCACCCAUAUUUCACCCAGCAAAAACUCUUGAAAUUUUGCCAACAACAUGACAUUGUCAUUAUUGCAUACAGCCCUUUGGGGACCUGUAGGAAUCCAAGAUGGGUGAAUGUUUCUUCUCCACCUUUGCUAAAGGAUGCAUAUCUAAACUCAGUGGGGAAAAAGUACAAUAAGACCGCAGCUCAAGUUGUUUUGCGUUUCAACAUCCAGCGAGGGGUGGUCGUCAUUCCUAAAAGCUUUAAUCCUGAAAGGAUCAAAGAAAAUUUUCAGAUCUUUGACUUUUCUCUCACUGAAGAAGAAAUGAAGGAGAUUGAAGCCUUGAACAGAAAUGUCCGCUUUGUGGAACUGCACAUGUGA